CAACGGACGAUUCGAUCCUCCGUCCUCUUUGUGCGCGCCGUCGGUUGUUCAUUCGUACGCAAAACUUCGGUGUGUGCGUACGUGCUUAUUCAACUGUUAAUUUUGGUAUCACUGUGAAAAUCGAUAAAAGUCGUUUCGUUUUUUGUUAGUAUUAUCAGUAGUGAUUCUUUGUGUCUAUAAACUCCAUCGAAGAAAGUAGUAAGUUCUGUGGAAGUACUUUUUUCUUUUGAGCGUUUUAAACGCUAAUCAUGACUACUACACCAAAAUCUCUCCCAGAAGAAUCGCUUGGCGAAUCCUGGGUAGAUGUAUCUGGCGGAUGGGCCUCCCCAAUAUCAUUUCAUAGCUCAGAAAGAGUAACUCCGAUUCCUUUUAUAUCAUCUGGUGAAGAAUAUCUUAGACUAUUGAAAGAAGCCCAAAGAGAAAGCAAUUCUUCAUCAAGAGUAUUGUCCAAAGAAUCUUCGCGAAGAGGAAGUCCUAAAUCGCCACCCAAUAGUCCAAAUAAUGAGCUGGAAGAUGAUCUCGGUGGUGUGUACAUUAACUACUCGAACAAGGGUGGAGAGCUAUAUAAUUUAGACAAAAGUACUGAUUGGAUAUGGGAUUGGAGUAGCCGGCCUGACCAAGCACCCCCAAAAAAUUGGAAAUUUAUUCAUCCUAAAAGGAAAACAUUUAGUAUGCGCAAUGCAAAGGUUGGAAAGGACAGACUAUUUUCUAAAGAAGUUUUAUAUACUUUAUUUCUGACAAAUAUCCUCUCCAUGAUUUUAGGAGCUGGUGUUGGGGCAUGGCUGUAUAAAAGAGGUGGCAUCAUGAUGUCUAGAGUAACUUUGGAUUAAUUGUGUUACUAUAUAAUCUAAAUAAAUACAUUUUUUAAAAAUCAGUCAAUUUAUUUUUGAAUCUGAUAAUUAAAUCAGGAUAUCAAUUUUUUAAGAAUUCAUAAGUAUAAAUUCCUUUUUUUUUUGUAAGUCUAUUUUAUAGAAUAAUUUUUUAUUUCAUGUAAUUAUUAAUAUUACCUAAAGAAUAAUUAGUAUAAGCAAUGUGGUGUACUAUAACAAUAUUUAUUAAAUAUUAUAAUUCAAGUACUCAAUAUUAUUAUUUAUUUUUAAUAAAUUGCUUUCUGUUGAUGAUAACUCAAAUUAUUAUUAUUUUUUCCUAUAAUUAAAUAUUAUAAAUUUUACAAACUUCAACUUUCCAUAGCUAUGUUCAUAAUUAAUCAUCAUUAAAUUCUUAUAUAAAUAAAUAAAAUAAUUUUUUAGUUCCUAAUAUCAUUUAUAUAUGAACUUUUUGUAAAAUCAGAAAGCUGAAAAUUAAAACAAUUGUACGUCCAUGGGACCAAUAAAUCCAGUCAUAAAUAAAAGCUGUAAAAAUAAAAUUAGUUUACUUAUAUUGUAUGGAACUAUUUUUUUUUAUUAGCUAUGUGAUAAGUAUAUAGUAUCUGAAAUUUAUUUUUGUUAAUUUUUCUUAGACUUUUUUAUUAUCUUCAACUACUAUGUAUUUUUACAACAAAAUAUUAUAUACUUGUAUGUUUUUUAAUACUGUAGAUAUAGAUUUUUUAUUGUGUAUGGAAAAUUACUUGCUGAUUUGCAUUAUAUGUUCAAUGGUAAUUUAUAGUUUGACUAGUUAACCAUGGACACUCAUAAUAUUAUUUUUCAUUGUAAAUUAAUUUAAAUCAGACAGCUAAAAAUCAAUCAAACAUUAAUAUGUUAAUGAAAAUAACUGUGAAAUAAUUCAUCAAAUCACUAUGUUAAUGCUUUGCUAUUAAAUUCAAUAAAUUUUAAGUUGUUUAUAUA